AUGAUCAGAGUCCUCCAGAUCAAUCUCAAUAGGUGCGGGGCCGCUCACGAGCUUGCCCUGAACACGGCCACCCAACUAGAAUCCGAUAUAUUAUUAGUCACAGAACCCAAUGUAAACAAGCUAGGCCAAAACUGGACCAUCGACCAGAAAAACGACGCAGCGAUCAAAGUCCUCGGUAGCGCGGGAACCGGCGAAAAAGAAUCGAAUGACGGGUUCCUCUGGCGAACACACGCAAACAUAAACUUUUAUAGCUGUUAUAUUUCGCCGAACGUAGACAUCACUGAGUUUGGGGCUUUCCUCGACAGACUGGGCGCGAGCUUGGAAUCUCGACCAAGGGGACAGGGCACGGUAAUCACCGGGGAUUUCAACUCCGCAUCGCCUCUAUGGGGCAGCAGGAGAGCGAAUGCCAGAGGGCGCCUACUAGAGGAAUUCAUAGCCAAACAUAACCUGACCCUCCAUAACACCGGGAAUAAGCCGACAUUCCAGAGAGGGGCCCAGGAGAGCCACCUGGACCUGACGCUGACGAACGACCGAAUCAAGACGAGAAUCAAGGGCUGGGCAGUGCUCGGUGAGCUGGAGUCGCUCAGCGACCACAACUACAUUACUUUCCAGGUAACCAGGGACCCAAGCGAUAGCACGGGCAACAAACCGCGGACCGAAAAGCACCUAGACUUCGAAAGAUGCAAACAGGAGCUCGAGACGAGGCUACGAGACAAAAACCUCACGGCUGGAGUCCUAACGAAGGAAAUGAAGAGAGCCUGCGCGGCCGCGACCGCCGACCGCCCGCCACGCAUCAAGAAGGCCUACUGGUAUAACGACGAAAUCGCUGAGCUACGAAGGGUAUGCGUCAAGAGCCGAAGGAAAUACCUAAGAGCUUCCCCGGAAAACCGCCUCAGGUACAAUCUAGAGUACACAAACAGUAGAAAAGACCUAAGCCGCUCGAUUCUCAGCUCGAAGAAGGAAACAUGGCGGAAGCUUCGUGAGGAGGUGGGCCGGAACCCCUGGGGGAUGGCAUAUAAGAUCAUCAUGAACAGGCUCAACGUAUCGAUAACCGCCCCGCCGAAGGACAUGCUCCGAGCGACGCUGGAUGUCCUCUUCCCAGAUCGCGCUCUCGAGAACCAAGCCCCGGGCUCAGGCACGGGCUGGUCACGGAUACAGGAGAUCGAGGAGGUUACAGACGAGGAGAUAGAGCCGCCGCGGCGUCAGUCGUUGGAACUAGAGCUCAACGGGGCGCCUCAUGAUAUUUUAGCCUCAUGGCCAAGAAGUACAUAG